AUGGAGACCAAAAGGUGCGACUUCUCCGGAGAAGACACGGACUCUCUGUCCACCAUCAUCUACCGCGUUUCAACCAGCGUGGAACUCAUGGCCGGGAUGUCUUUGAACGUCUUCAUCAUUGCCGUGAACAUCGCUGACCGGCUGCGGAACCGAGGCCUGAAGCCCGUCGACCAGAUCUUGACCGCUUUGGCCGUCUCCAGGUUCUUCUACUUGUGCCUCCUCAUGUUCAAGCUUUUGUGCAUGGUCCUGAUCCCUUGGGUUUUUGAGUUCACCCGCCUCUACCAAAUGUUCAAAGCUGCCACCUGGUUCCUGACCUGCACCACCCUCUUCUUCUCGGCGACCCUCUGCGCCUUUUAUUGUGCCAAAAUAGCUAACUUCCAGCAGCGGACCUUCAUCCUCCUCAAGACAAGGAUCAGCCAGCUGGUUCCCUACCUGCUCCUCUUCUCCGUCUUUGCGUCCUUGGUGAACACCUCUCCAUUUUUCUACGGCAUUUAUCAGGUCGCCUGCAGCAAGCAGGAAAAUGAUUCGCACCCUUCUGGGAACGGCACGCGCCUCGGAAGCGCCAAUUUGGAAACAAACACAUUGAAUCUGUUCCUCUUCUGCAGCAUUGGAUUUUCAGUAGCCUUCUCCUUCCUGGCCACCUUGGCUUUCCUUCUGCUCUUCUCUCUCUGGCAGCACACCAGGACUUGCAGCGCCAGCUUCGGCCGCCCAAACCUGGAGGCUCAUUUCCGGGCCGUGAAAAUCAUCCUGUGCCUCUUGACCACCGAAGCCCUCAAGUUCGUCGCCCUGAUCCUCCUCCUCUCCAAUAUAUUUCUGGACAGAAGUCCCCAGAGCCGUUUCUGCACUUCCAUCGCCUUGGGGUGCCCCACGAUCGAGUCUGGCAUCGUGAUCUGGGGAAACCCUAAACUAAAAGAGGCCUUUAUGGCCACCGUGGCUCAUUGCAGCCUGCCCUUGCCCCUGAAGUAA